UAUUUUGAUAAUAAAAUGCUCCACUUAGCCUAAUACAACAUAAAUAACCAAUGAAAGCCAUUAUAUCAAUGAUGCAGCUUUUCACAUGCAGAUUAUACUUCACAAGGUUGAUUGCUUAGCCAGAUCAAUUUCUUUGCCUAUUCUAAUACAUGUCUGCAUAUUCAAAAGCAAAGAAAAAGGUAUUCAAACCAAAACCUGUGUUGUUUUCUUUGCUUUAACCCAGAAACCAUCUCCUUUUCCCAAUCUAAAAAGCACCAAACUGGUCCCACUACCUCUCAAUCAAAAGCCUCCCCCUUUCCUCUUUAUCUUUCCCAGGUUUACUUAAACCAACAAUAAACUUGAUCUCCAUUUCCUUCCUCAUUACUGGCUUCAGAGGGUUUUUCUGUUUUUGUUUUUGGUUCCUGAUUACAUCUUCCCCAAAGAUGCUACCCCUCCCACGUCCACCGCCGCGUCCACUUUCCUCACCGCAGCCGCUGUCACCAAAUGAAACGCAGGGCACACCGCUUUUCCACAACCAAAUUGUCAUAUCAAAGCAACCCAGAAACCAGCUAAGUCCAGCAGUGCCUCUGUCACCAAACGAAACGCAGGGCACACCGCUUUUCCACAACCAAAUUGUCAUAUCAAAGCAACCCAGAAACCAGCUAAGUCCAGCAGUCAGGUCACCGGAUCCUGUAAUCAACAAGUUAGGAGAGCAAACAACACUUAGGCAUCCUCAACCUCGCCGGACAAAUCCAAUCAUAUGGUUUUGUGCAAUCCUGUGUUUAAUUUUCAGCCUUAUUCUCAUUUUCUUUGGAAUAGCAACUUUGAUUACCUUCCUUGUCGUUAAGCCAAGAAUUCCGGUGUUUGACACCCCCAACGCAAUCCUCAGCACUAUCUACUUUGACUCACCGGAGUACUUCAAUGGUGACUUCACCCUCCUUGCCAACUUUUCCAACCCGAACCGGAAGAUUGAUGUGAGAUUCAAGUAUGCUGAUAUAGAGCUUUACUUUUCUGACAAGCUGGUAGCAACUCAAGGUUCUCAGCCUUUCACUCUGAGACGAGGUGAGACAAGGUUGGAAUCAGUUCAUAUGAUAUCAAGCUUGGUCUACUUGCCCCAGAAAUUCGCGACUGAACUGCGAAUGCAGGUGCAGAGCAACAGAGUCAAAUACAACGUAAGAGCAACUUUCAAAGUGACAGCUACAUUGGGUCUUCUUCACUUCUCUUACCGGUUGCAUGGUAGGUGUGAGAUAGAGAUGACAGGUCCACCGACUGGCAUUCUAGUAGCCCGAAGCUGCAAAACAAAAAGAUGAAGAACCAAAACAAUGUUCUCCUCUUCUGUUAUAUCAACCAUGCCUGGAUUGAAAUCUGUGUAGCACUUUUUGUGUGAAAAUAGCAAUUUUUUUGAGUUCCAUGCUCGUGAAACAAAAA